AUCCAUUGGUUCUUACCAAAAACUCAUUGGGAAGAGUUAAUUUGACAUUUUCUGUUUCGUACUGUACCCAGACAUAUUAAAAUUGAGGAAUGCUGGCAGCUACCGCUGAAAGGGUUAUCACAAGGUUAUUCAUUCGUUCAAAUUCUUGCAAAUAUUUUGGUUUGCAGAUAUCUCGUUCUCUCGGCAGUUGCGAUAAAGACAAAAAAAAGAAAAUGUCACGGAAAUUUUGCGUUGGUGGCAACUGGAAGAUGAAUGGCGACCAGAAGUCAAUCGCUGAAUUAUGCAAAGUGCUUACCGCUGGACCACUAGAUCCCAACGCUGAAGUUUAUGUCGGUGUACCUGCACCUUAUCUGAUCUACGUGCGCAGUCUUUUGCCCAGCUCCAUUAAUGUAGCCGCCCAGAAUUGCUACAAAGUAGAGAAAGGUGCUUUUACCGGCGAAAUCUCACCAGCGAUUAUUAAAGAUACUGGUGCAUCUUGGGUAAUCUUGGGCCAUUCGGAGCGUCGUCAAAUCUUCAAAGAGAGCGAUGAACUCAUUGCAGAAAAAGUUGAACAUGCGCUGGCAGCUGGUUUGAAAGUAGUGGCAUGCAUUGGUGAGACACUCGAAGAACGUGAAUCCGAUAAGACACAAGAGGUUGUCGCUAGGCAAAUGUGUGCGAUAGCUCAGAAGGUGAAGGAUUGGACUAAUGUCGUCAUCGCUUACGAACCGGUAUGGGCUAUUGGUACUGGCAAGACUGCUACUCCAGAACAGGCACAAGAAGUUCAUGCCUAUUUGCGUCAAUGGUUAACAGAGAACAUUUCAAAGGAAGUUUCCGCCACACUGCGUAUUCAAUAUGGUGGCUCUGUGACUGGUGCCAAUGCCAAAGACUUGGCAAAAAAACCUGAUAUCGAUGGCUUUUUGGUGGGAGGUGCUUCUCUGAAGCCGGAAUUCGUACAAAUUGUUAAUGCCAGGCAAUAAUUGCAUAUGAUCGGGAGCAUGAUAACUGCCAACUAAGUUAAUAUACUUUGGCAUAAUAAUACACGUUUGAAGUUUCGACCAAAUUUAAUGGACCAAAUUGUUGUUAAUGCUUGGUUACUACAACAUUCAUAAUUGAUAUGAAUAAAAUAUUUCCACUUCAUUGUCACGAAAUUCGUAAAAAAAAAUUGUCUAAAUACCAAUUGAGAAAAUUUAGCCACCUAACGUUAUUUGCUAUUAUAUCAUAAACAUGUAGAACAAAUUAUACUCGUAAUUGUAAGUAUAUUUAUUAUACUUGAGAAAUGCUGGAUGUUAAUUUUAGAUUAUGAAAUAAAUGUUGUUAAGAGUUUAAAAAGCAAA